AUCACAGUCAGUGGGCGGGGCUGGAGGAUUUCCUGUCACUCUAUAUAAGAGCAGGUUCCCUCCGCUGCUGCUCACUCUGUGCUGUAAACUCAGAGAGAAAAAAUGCCCGAACCCGCCAAGUCUGCGCCCAAGAAGGGCUCCAAGAAAGCGGUCACCAAAACCGCCGGCAAAGGAGGCAAGAAGAAGAGAAGGACCAGGAAGGAGAGCUACGCCAUCUACGUGUACAAGGUGCUGAAGCAGGUCCAUCCCGACACCGGCAUCUCCUCCAAGGCCAUGAGCAUCAUGAACUCCUUCGUCAACGACAUCUUUGAGCGCAUCGCCUCCGAGGCUUCCCGUCUGGCUCACUACAACAAGCGCUCCACCAUCAGCUCCAGGGAGAUCCAGACCGCCGUGCGCCUCCUGCUGCCCGGUGAGCUGGCCAAGCACGCCGUGUCUGAGGGAACCAAGGCGGUCACCAAGUACACCAGCUCCAAGUAAACCAGCUGCUGCUGCUGCUGCUGCUGCUGCUCGGUCACAACAACACAAAGGCUCUUUUAAGAGCCACAAACACACUGAAGAGCAACGAUCCUCUGCUGAAUGUGUCCAGUUUUUAAUACUGAACUGAUUUUAGUUUUAGGUUAUAAAGUAACAAGCUAACUUAUUCUAAUGUGGGAAAGUUAAAAUGAGCUUCAUUUGGAUAUAUUUUAGAAAUAUGACCUUAGUGACCCAAUCAUGUGCCACUAAUGCUGUAUGAUUUUUUUUUUCUUUUAAAUCUUGGUGUCAAUAUUGUAGAAAAAUGCCUUAAGGCUCAAUGCAUGCUGAUCAGUUUGCUCCAGUUCUACUUUUUAUUUUCAUUAUUCCAUCCAAAAAUUGACUAAUUUGUCUUUUAAACAAUUUCUGGAUUUAAAUAAAUCUUAAUAUCUCAACAUUUAAAACAGUCUGAUUGACCCUGUAGUUGUAAUUUUUGUCAAUUCCAAACAGAAAUUGAACUGUAGUUUCUGUACAUUAAUAUAAAUUCCUGAGUAUUUGCUGAA